UAUGCGAAGCGUUGACAGAUAGCACGCUAUUUCAGAUAGAUGUCAUGCUAUUUUAAAUCUAAAUUUCACAUCUUAUAUGUAUUUUAAUGGUAAAUUCAUAUGAAGCCUGUAGUAGCGCUAUAAGCAUAUUUUUACUCAUACUAGCCAUUUUGGAAAUAAUGAUUACUCUACUACCACUACUCUUGAUGGGGGAUGCAUUGCGCUUCACAGGGACGCAUUUGGCUGCUGUCUGCGGACUCGUCGCUGGAUUGGUCACAUUACCGGCCAGCAUCAGAUUGAAAUUCAACGAAAGUAGUCCAGAUCUUGAAAAACUACAUGGACACACUUCUUUCUUCAAGAAACUCACCCUAUUUGUUUCUCUCAUCUUGAAUCUUAUAGCUGCGACGCUCACAGUUAUCGGCCUUUUGAAAUUAAAGAACUUCAUGUUUGAAUUUGGGAGGUUGAUGAAGGUAUAUCACUGCCACACACCUGCCAGAGGUCUUGUGAAUAUGAUACAACUGAGCAUGGACUGUUGCGGAGCUAUGUGUUAUAAAGACUGGUUAACAAUAAACUGGCGGAUGUAUGAAAUUAGUAACGAUGAUGACGUUGUAGAAGAAGAUAAUGCAGAUGCUGUACCAUAUUCUUGCUGCAACAAGUUCUCGGCCAUGCCUUGUGGUCAUUACGACUUGAGAACAUACGGAACCUGCAGCAUUCACAAGAACGGUUGCGGUAAAGCUAUUAAAAUACUCACCAAGCAUUAUCUAUGGAUGCUAUUCACCCUUUAUCUGAUAAACGUUGCUCUACAAGUCCUCCUUCUAGUUAUUUACUAUUCAGGCCAAAACGAAUGUAGGGCAAAGAAGCAAAAACAUAGGAGGAAAGAACCAGUAGUGACAGGGUACUCAAGAAUUGGAGAUUCACCUUGGGAAGGUAUGUCAAAUUGUUCUAAAGGCAGUGGGGACAGCUCGAAGGAUUCUGUGAGAUCAAGCAAAGGAAGUGGUGAUAGUGAGGGCUCCAACAUUUGUGACUGUUCUCUGGAAGAUGAAACUCCAGAACUGACGAGCUCUCACAAACAGCAAGAAGACAACGAUAGACAAUUGAAAACGAUGUAUGUGGAUAGCUUAGAGCAAAUAAAAACCAAAUAUUUGUGUUGGAAGAAACUAUGAUAAUUUAACGAUUAGAACUCAAACUGAACGAAAUGUUCAUCAAGAAAAAUGUCUUCGAUAAAAUAAUAAAACAGCUUUCAAAACUGAAGGUAUAUUAUAAUUGAUCAGAUAUUCUUCACUUCUCGAUAUUCAAACUGAAUGUAAUUUAUAUUAAUAAAAAAUGUCAUAUUCUUCAAAUAAUUCAACAGUUCUCCAAAUACAUAUCACCAAAAAAUAACUAAGAGAGA